AUGGGCCCCCCGGCAUUCGCACUUUUCACACUUCCGCCGCCCCCCAACUGCCGGCCAAAUUCCGCCAACCAUCCGGCCGCUACCAGCCGAUACUUUGCCAUACGCCUACAUUCGAUCACGCGAGCUCCGCCACGUUUCGCAUACUUCCGUUAUCCACCCGACUGCUAUCAGCCAACAGUUUCCCAUACAGUAGAUCUAACGAAUUCCGCCGAGCACAACUACGCAGGCAUUCGACGAUUCGAGCUGGUUUUGGACAACAGCCCCCUUGCCGCACUGCUUGCACCCAGCUCAAAAAAAUCUCGAUCUAGCACUGUUGUAACCGCUUCAAACGUCGUUGGCACCCAGCUCGCUCCACCGUUACGAUCCGAAAAAAAAUCUGUUGGUGUCCUCGACAAGAAAAUUCAGUUCACUGCAGAUUCAAUCAAGAUCGAUGAACUUCAAGGACACGGAUCUAGUUGGAAAGACAACCAACAAAUUCCGGCACUGCCCAAUCCCCUGCGUGAAUGCCCCAACACCGAUGAUACUGAAGCUAUCACGAAGUUGCGAAACGAAACAACCUUUUAUUCAAAACUCAACUACGCGAUCAAUUGCGCAUUUCUACCCAAAUCGACCUCUGUAGCCAUGAAAGCCAUCGAAUAUCUGAAUGAACAUGGGAGCGAUUCAGUAAAAGAAAAAUUACAGCUUGAAAAGAAUAUGAUUGUUGCCUGCACCACUCUUGAUGUCGGCUAG